AUGUACAUGCAGGGGUGUGACGGGUGCGUCAGUAACUCACAUCUUAUAGCAAUUCAAAGAAGCUGGCUACAUGGAGUCUUGGUGACGGGUGCAUCUGGUUAUAUAGCAACCCACAUCGUGAAGCAACUCCAGGAAGCUGGUUACAAGGUCAGAGGAACAGUCAGGAGUCUCACCAACCCCAAGAAAGUAGGACCUCUGAAGGAACUCUGUCAGAACCCUGCCCAUGAACUGGAACUGGUAGAAGCUGACUUGAAUAAAGAUGAAGGAUGGAAAGAAGCCGUGCAGGGGUGCAGUCAUGUUCUCCAUACAGCUAGUCCUUUCCCUAUGGCUGCUCCGAAACACGAAGAUGAACUCAUCAAGCCUGCUGUAGAGGGUACAACAAGAGUUCUCCAGGCCUGUAAGGAGGUGGGCGGGGUCAAAAGAGUUGUGGUCACCAGUUCAUGUGCAGCUAUCACUGGUAAGACGGACUAGAUUUUUUUUUCUUUAAAGGGGUACUCCUGGCUAAAAUAUCUAACCAACAUUGUGUACCAUUCACCGAGCAAUACGCGGAGAAUUUCAUCAAAAUCUGAUGACAAAAUAGUUAUUGAGUUUCAAAUUUAUCAAUAUUUUAUUUUUAAAAUAGCUAUAUGCACGCCGUCAUGAAUAUUCAUUAGGUGGACCGAUUAAGUCAUGUCCCAACUUUACAUAAUUAUUAUGAAAUCAUAAUUAUAUGAAAUUUUGACAUUCAUACAUUUUAUGCCCGCUGUAACAGUAGCGAAAUAAGCCGCAACAAUGAAUAUCUUACUCAAUGAUGCAUUUUUACAUGUCUUCUUCUAAUUUUCUUAUGUUCUUCAUCUCUCGAUGGGAAUGGAUUUACAUUAAGUAUUUCACAAUUUAGUUAUGUGUAGUGAAAUAGAUAUUUGCAUGGAAUGUCCUUCUUGCCUUUAUUCUGCAUUUCCUUUCUAUAAAUUAAACAAUGAUGAAUUUAUGGAUACUCUUCAAUUUCAUAAAUCUGCUCCGUACAUUGAUAUUAAUGACCUAGAAAGUAUUUUUGACAGAAAACAUGAAAAUAACAUAUGCAACAUUGAAGAUUGUGAACUACAGGAAGAGAUGAAUGAGUGUACAUAUUAUCUUGAAGCUGAUUCAGGCUUUUAUCUGAUUCAUUUGAUAAUGAUUUUAGUAUCUUACAUUUUAAUGCACGCGGUUUAAAUAAGAACUCUUGUGAAAUAGUUGAUUUUAUAUCUUCAUUUUCUGUAUAUGGUUUCUCUGAAACAUCGAUUCAUUGUAAAACUCCAAAGCUUUUUAACCUAUAGAAGGAUAUUCAUUUGUAUAUUCCGAUCGCAAUGAUGGUAUGGGAGGAGGAGUAGCAUUAUUAGUUUCAAAUACAUUAAAUUUAAAAUCAGAAAUUAUAUACAUAUUGAUCAUGAUGGCACUGAUAUGUUAUUUAUCGAAAUUAUUGUUCAAUCAGGGAAAAACAUUAUUGUUGGAAUCAUUUACAGGCAACCAAAGAGCGAAAUUGACAGUUUUAUUACUGAAUUUGAUAAAUGUAUUCAGGAACUUAUUAAAGAAAAUAAACUCAUAUACAUUAUGGGGGAUUUUAAUAUUGAUAUUUCUAAAUGUACUUUACAGGUAUUAUAUUCAUCACAACUCUUGCCAUUAAUUGAUAAGCCCACUCGCCUUUCAGCUCUUAGUGCAACACUAAUAAAUAAUAUUUUUACCAAUAAUAUCAAUUCGUUCAUCACCUCUGGAAUUUUUUUUCAUGAUGUCACUGACCACUUGCCAAUUUUUCAAAUUACAAAUUGUACCUUAUUCAAUACGUAUAAACAUGUACAGAAUGUAAAAAAAUAAUUGAUUAAUGAUAAUACUAUUGAUAAUUUGAAAUCAGAUUUGAUCACGGAAGAGUGGACAAGCAUUAUUCAUUGUGAUGAUGUAGAAAUUGCUUACAGAAAUUUAAAACCAAGUUUGCCUUCUAUUACAAUAAAAGCUUUACAUUAGUCAAAAAGAAAAGUAAACAAAAAUGCAGAAAACCUUGGUUGAACUUUGAAUUAUUAAAAUUAAUUCAAAAUAAGCAUAAGCUAUAUAAAAGAUAUUGUUAGGUCAUUUUCAAAUAAAACAAAAUAUCAUGAAGCCCCUAAUAAGGUGAAUAAACUAAGGAAGCAAGCACGAAGAAAUAAUUUUGCUCAUAAAUUAAAAAAGACAAAAGGUGAUAUAAGGCAAACUUGGUCUGUGGUCAAAGAAAUAUUUGGUAAGUCAAAAAAUUCUCUUCCAUCAUAUUUUAAGAUAAAUGAUCAAGAUAUUUAUGAUUCUAAAAUAAUUGCCAAUUAUUUUGAUGAUUUUUUUAUCAAUAUUGGUCCAAAUAUGUGCAAUAAUAUUCCACGAAGUGAUGAAAAUGAUUUUUAUAAAUUCUUGCCUCGAUUGAAUGAAGUAUCACUAUUUUUUUACUCCUGUUGAUGAAUCUGAAAUUUUCAAAAUUGUACAAUCACUUAAAAGCACUAAUUGCUGUGGUAUCGAUAAUUUUAAUUCAUGUGUUUUAAAAAAGAUAUCUGCCUUGAUUUUGAAACCUCUUGUACAUAUUUUAAAUCUUUCUUUAUGUACCGGAAAAAUUCCAUCGGAAUUGAAAAUUGCUAAAAUUACACCAAUACAUAAAAAGGAUGAUAUGAAUACUAUAGGAAAUUAUAGACCAAUAUCUGUAUACUGCCAUUUUUUUCUAAAAUUCUUGAGAAAAUUGUUUAUAAUCGUCUAGAAAUCUUUUUAACGAAACAUGCAAUAUUGAAUUCUUGCCAGUAUGGUUUUAGAAAAAAUGUAUCCACUGAAAUGGCUCUCAUUGAUUUUCAUAAUUAUUUAAUAUGUUCAUUAAAUAAGAAAUUGCAUACUUUGGGUUUAUUUUUAGAUCCAAGCAAAGCGUUUGAUUCUAUUGAUCAUACAAUUAUGUUAAAAAAAACAAAAAAUAUAUGGCAUACGAGGUACGGUAUUAGAAUGGUUUAAAGAUUAUUUAAAAGAUCGAACUCAAAUAACUUUUUACAGUGGUGUUUUGUCAGACCCAAAGAAAGUCAAGUGUGGUGUGCCUCAGGGCUCAAUUUUGGGGCCGUUAUUGUUUUUAUUGUACAUAAAUGAUUUGAUUAAUUGUUCUAAUAAGCUGAAUUUUAUUCUUUUUGCUGAUGACACCAAUAUUCUAUGUAGUGAUGAAAAUUUGAACGACUUAAAGAAAACUAUGAACGAUGAAUUACAAUACGUCUCACAAUGGUUUAAUUGUAAUAAGUUGUCACUUAACACAUCGAAGUCCAGUUUCAUUUAUUUUAGUUAUAAGCAAAAUCUAAUUACAGAUGACCCAUCAAAUAAUUUAAUCAUCAAAAUGAAUAAUGUUGUCAUAAAACGUGUGCAAUCUAAACCUUUUCGGGGACAUCCCGAUAGACCGCGGGUCCGAUAGACCGCGGGUCCGAUAGUCCGCGGGACCGAUAGACCGCGGGUCCGUUAGUCCGCAGGUCCGAUAGACCGCGGGUCCGGUAAUCCGCAGUGUGUGUAAAAUUAUGAUCAGAUAUAUCAAAUGUCAUCGAGAGGUCCAAAGGUCAAAUGAUACGAGACCAUGGGGUUCUAUCAGGUGCGGAUCCAUGGGGGGCCGAGGGGAAACUGCCUCAUCCCCCCACCCCCAGCUCAAAAAAGAGAGGGGGAAGAGAAUAAAAAGGGAGAGAGGUCUGAGGAAGAUGGGAAAAGAAGAGAAUAGAAAAGAGAGUAAGAGGGGGGAAGGAGAG